AUGUUCUGCCUUAGCAGUGUUGUAACCCUUUUGGGCUUCGCUAGUAUUGUCGCUGCCGCCCCAGCCGACCAUACUAAGCGUCUGGACGACAUUAAGAACUGCUACUGCGGCAGAGACACCGGUUCAGCGCUUGUUAGUGACCCUGACACUACCAAGACUGCCUGCCCUGAUUAUGGCACUGUCGCUGGUCCUUAUCCCACCAGGUGCCAGAUCAUGAUUGAUAUCAACGAGCCGUUAUUCGUCGACAAGUGCAAGGCCCUGGGUCAGCCUACGGGGUGGUGCGAGAAAUGA